AUGGCGGUGACACGAUCAGUUCUCGUGGUAGCCUUGGCGAUUACCGUACUACUGGGCUUGAGAAGACUGCUCCGAAUCGGUAAAAGGGCCUCAGGGCUGCCACCAGGUCCUCCAACGAUACCUAUCCUAGGUAAUCUACACUUGGUCCCAGCCAGAGAUGCUCAUCUACAGUUCCAGAAAUGGGCGCAAGAAUACGGUCCAAUCUACUCGCUUAUGCUGGGAACGAAGACCUUCAUCGUACUGUCCUCGGAUACAGCAGUAAAGGAUCUGUUGGACAGAAGAAGUAACAUCUAUUCAUCACGUCCCGACAUGUUCAUCGGUAUGGAUCUAGCCAGUGGUGGGCUCAGAAUACUGUUGAUGAAAUACGGCUCCACAUGGCGAAUGAUCCAUAAGAUGAUCCACAAUAUCCUGAACAUCAAGGCCGCAGUAACGUACGUGCCUUAUCAAGACCUUGAGAACAAGUUCAUGCUUCAAGGCCUGCUCGAUCAGCCGGCCGAGUUUGCGAACCACAUCAGGCGCUACACCAAUUCUCUCACGACCCAAAUGGUCUUCGGUUUCCGAACCUUGAGUAUUAACGAUCCUAAGUUGCAACAGUUGUUCAGAGCAACUUCCCAGGGAUUCGAGCAUUGGGGUGAAGUCGCCGGAAGUGCAGCAGCCCAGAUCCUUGAUCUAUUUCCUGCUCUGCAACGUCUUCCCAGCUACCUCGUCCCGAACUAUCGUCAUGCCCAGAGACUACACAAGAAGGAGAAACAAUUGUAUAUGGGUCACUGGCUCAAGGCCAAGACAGGAAUUCGAAACGGGACUGUUAUGCCCUGUUUCUGUGUCGAUCUAAUGAAGGCGCAAGAGAAAGAGGGAUUCUCCGACGACCUGGCUGGAUAUACGAGUGGGUCCUUGUUGGAAGCCGGAUCCGACACCACUGCUGCUACCCUGAUUGGCUUCGUUCAAGCCAUGACAGUCUUUCCCGAGGUACAAAAGAAAGCACAGGAAGAAAUCGAUAGGAUCGUCGGCAAUGGACGAAUGCCUACGAUGGAAGACGCGUCGAACAUGCCCUACAUCCGUGGUUGCGUUAAAGAGAGUCUAAGAUGGAUGCCAACGAACAUACUUGGAGUGCCCCAUUCACUAAUCAGAGACGACGAGUAUAUGGGCUACAAGAUUCCCGAGGGAGCUAGCGUGAUCAUGAACGUCUGGACAAUUCAUAUGAACGCGGAAAACUUUCCAGACCCUCGAAAAUUCGAUCCAGACCGCUUCAAGGACGACGAACUCAGUCUCUUUGAAUCCGCCACGACUUCCGACCCACAAAAGCUAAUGACGCGAUCAUUCGUUUUCGGCGCCGGUCGACGUUUAUGUCAGGGCAUGCACAUCGCUGAGCGAUCACUGUUCCUCGCCAUGGCGCGGAUGCUCUGGGCAUUCAGCUUCACCAAGGCCGUCGAUGGACAUGGCAAGCCAAUCACACCAGACAUCAACGACCUCACGCAGGGUUUAUUCGUUCUUCCGGCUCCGUUCCAGAGCAUUAUUGAACCACGAAGCGGAAAGCAUGCUGAGAUGAUUCGGCAGGCCUGGGGUGAGAGCAAAGACACCUUGCUUCAUCCUGAGACUGGGCAGUGGAUUAAGGUCCCGGACGGAAUGCUGUUCUCGACGUACGAGCCGUCCAAGGAUAUCACGAUGAAUGAAAUGUAG